GCUGUGACUGAAAAGCUAGCAAGCAUGUCUGGCCGUGGCAAGGGACGUAAAGGUCUCGGGAAAGGAGGCGCUAAGCGCCAUAGGAAGGUGUUGAGAGAUAACAUCCAGGGUAUUAUGAAGCCAGCUAUCCGCCGUUUGGCGCACUGUGGGGGCGUGAAGCGCAUUUCGGGUCUCAUUUACGAGGAGACUCGGGGAGUGCUGAAGGUCUUCCUGGAGAACAUGAUUCGAGAUGCCGUUACUUACACCGAGCAUGCAAAGCGGAAAACGGUGACUGCUAUGGACGUGGUUUAUGCAUUGAAGCGCCAAGGCCGUACUCUGUACGGAUUCGGAGGCUAAGCCUGUCAGUCAUUCUUAGGGAAAAGAAAAAAAAACUU